UUUGAAACGUGGAAGCGGAAGUGCUGAGAGGAACCGGGCUGCUGGGAGCGCUGAGAGGAUGAGGAGGCCCGUCUCCAGUUUGAGUUUGAGUUCCAGUUUAAAGGUGAAACUGGUCAGAGCUGGGUUCCAGACCACCACCGACCUGCAGAACCUGGACCCGGAAACCCUGAGCGCAGAGGCCUCUAUUUCCCAGCAGGAGGCGCUGGAAGCGUUGCAGGCUGCCAGGGCAGGAGAAGGUGCAGCCUCUGUGACAGCUCUGGAGCUCCUGCAGAAGGAGGAGGAGUUCAGGAGCAUUGUGACGUUCUCCUCACAGCUGGACGACGCCCUCGGAGGAGGAAUUCCUGUAGGGAAGGUGUCGGAAAUCUGUGGAGCUCCUGGAGUCGGAAAAACCCAGCUGUGCCUGCAGCUGGCCGUGGAUGUCCAGGUGCCGCAGUGCUUCGGGGGCCUUGGAGGUCAGGUGAUCUUUGUGGACACGGAGGGCAGCUUCCAGCUUCAGAGAGUCACGGACCUCGCCGGCGCCGCUGUCAGACACUGCUCACUUCUGGCUGAGGAUGAGGAGCAGCGCGUUGCCAUGACUACCUUCUCUGUGGAGACAAUCCUCUCAAACAUCUUCCUGGUGCGUUGCCAUGACUACGUUGAGCUGUUGGCGGAGCUACACCUUCUGCCUGACUUUCUGCGGGGCAGGCCGAAGCUCCGCCUCCUCGUCAUUGACAGCGUGGCGUUUCCGUUCCUGCGGCUGCAUGACGAUCUGUCCCAGAGGACACGCCUCCUCCAAGGCCUCGGCCUGCAGCUUAUCGCCACAGCAACGGGUCACAACAUCGCUGUGGUAAUCACCAACCACAUGAGCACGCGCCUGGGGGGCGGCCAGUCACAGCUGGUGCCCGCCCUAGGAGAUAUCUGGGGGCACGCGGCCUCCAUCAGGCUCCUCCUUCGGUGGGAGGAGUCACGGCGGCUGGCCUCCAUUGUUAAAUCCCCAGGUCACAUGGAUGCCACUGUCCAAUACCAGAUCACGUGUGAGGGCUUCAGAGACGCUGACCAAUCAGAGCAGUUACAGAGGAAAAGACCUCGAAUUCAGAACAACCAAUGAAAGCUUCCAGUAUGAAAAACACUGGCAGAUGAUUGGUCAGGGACUGUUUGAGUCCUGCAGGGGAAGACAGAGGAUUGUUCAGCUGAGACUCACCUGUCUGAAAUGCUUGUCUUACGUGUGUUACAGGUGUGUUACAGGUGUGUUACAGGUGUGUUACAGGUGUGUUACAGGUGUGUUACAGGUGCUGCAUUUAACACACGUUAGUCAUUCAGAUUAUAUUUAUGCAUCUGUUAAUAUUCAGCAGGACAAAUAUCAUCUAAUAUCAUCCUCCACCUAAAGGUAUCCGAGUCAUGAUGUGCGCACUCCUGGCACGCCGUGCAUCCUGGUACUUGAAGUGGAGCUGAUUGGCCGUCCUUCAUGAACGUUCUCAGGGUCAUGAUGUCAUCUUUACUCCACAUGACCUCCACCACCACAGGAAACAACUAAAGCUCUGGUUUUGAGGUGCAGGUGAAGACACCUUCAGAACACCUGAAGCACACAUCGGUUCUCUGGUCUGUUUGUCACCAUGGUAACUGAAGGCAGCACACAGCAGGGGCGUGUCUCUGAGGCGACCAGGACCCCUAACAGCAUCCUGCUCUGGCUGUAUUAUUAAUUAUUACUCAAUAAAUGUUUUUUUUGUUUCUUCUGUUA